GCUCUUAUCAUCGACUUCGCCUCCUCUGUCAGGCUUGAAGACCUAAAAAUCCGGGGGUAUGCCUUCCUGGCAUACAAUUGUCUUGGGUUCUGCCAUCUACCUUGCAGAUGUGGCUGCCUGGCACUUUUAUUCUGUAUUCACGGAUAUCCAUCGCUUUCAUGCAACGGCAAAUAGUGGCACCGAUCAUGGGUUACACGAAAAUGUUAUUUCAAGCUGAUUGGACACCUAGAUGGUCGAUCUGUCUGUGUUGUAUCUACAAGAUAAUACCCGACGCAGAAGGUUACGUAG